AAUAUUUUAUUUUUUUAAAUUUAAAGUUUAGACAGUCAAUUGAUUUUUCACCGGAAAGUUCAUUACAUCUUUACAAACUGCUGAAUUUGGCGCAAAGAACGAGCUUUCAAUUUUCCGUUUCUCUUCCAUGAAUUACAUCAAAGCAUGUUCGAGGAAAAACGGAAUUUUGACAUUUCAAAAACAACACUUUCAGGUCGAUGCUUCCAUCAUCAAGACAGGCUUCGAUCCCAACACGUAUCGUUUCAACUUUCAAGUUAAGAAUCAUCUCCUACAUGGGGAUUUGGAUGCAGCACGCAAACUCUUCGACGAAAUGCCUCAAAAGAACAUCAUCUCCACCAACACUAUGAUCACGGGUUACUUAAACUCUGGCAAUCUUUCCACUGCUAGGAGCUUGUUUGAUGGCAUGGUUGAACGCUCGGUUGUUACCUGGACAAUGCUCAUUGGUGGCUACGCUCAGAACAAUAAGUUCCGCGACGCUUUCAGUCUCUUCGCUGAUAUGUGUAGGCACGGCUUGGUUCCGGAUCAUGUCACCUUGACGACUCUCUUAUCUGGGUUCACUGAGUUUGACAGUGUCAAUGAAGUCGCACAAGUGCAUGCCCAUGUUGUCAAAUUGGGGUAUGAUUCCACCCUCACGGUUUGCAACUCGUUGCUUGAUUCUUAUUGUAAGACGCUUAGCCUUGGUUUGGCUUGUCACCUCUUCAAGCAUAUGCCGGAGAGAGAUAAUGUAACUUUCAAUGUGUUGUUGACGGGGUACUCCAAAGAGGGCUUCAAUCAUGAUGCUAUCAACCUGUUUUUCAAGAUGCAGAAUUUGGGGUUCAAGCCCACUGACUUUACUUUUGCUGCGGUUUUAACUGCAGCCAUACAGUUGGAUGAUAUAGAAUUUGGGCAACAAGUUCACAGUUUUAUGGUGAAGUGUAAUUUUGUGUGGAAUGUGUUUGUGGCUAAUGCUUUGCUUGAUUUCUACUCCAAGCAUGAUCGUGUUGUUGAAGUGAGGAAGCUUUUUUAUGAAAUGCCAGAGGUGGAUGGUAUCUCUUACAAUGUAGUCAUCACUUGUUGUGCAUGGAAUGAAAGAGUGGAGGAAUCGCUUGAACUUUUCAGGGAAUUACAGUUUACAAGAUUUAACCGGCGGCAAUUCCCAUUUGCAACCUUUUUGAGCAUUGCCGCAAAUGCUUUGAACCUGGAAAUGGGUAGGCAAAUUCAUUCCCAGACUAUUGUAACAGAUGCCAUUUCAGAAAUUCUGGUUGGGAAUUCUUUGGUUGACAUGUAUGCUAAAUGUGACAAAUUUGGGCAAGCAAAUAGGAUUUUUGUUGAUCUGGCUCAUCAAAGUUCAGUUCCAUGGACAGCCCUGAUCUCAGGUUAUGUUCAGAAGGGGCUUCAUGAAGACGGCCUAAAGCUAUUUGUUGAGAUGCAAAGAGCCAAAAUACGUGCCGACUCAGCCACUUACGCCAGUAUCUUAAGAGCUUGCGCAAAUCUAGCUUCACUAACACUGGGAAAACAGUUACACUCACAUAUAAUCAGGUCUGGAUGCAUUUCAAAUGUAUUUUCUGGGAGUGCACUGGUUGACAUGUAUGCAAAAUGUGGAUCCAUAAAAGAAGCACUUCAUAUGUUUCAAGAGAUGCCUACGAGGAACUGUGUUUCCUGGAAUGCACUGAUUUCAGCUUAUGCACAAAACGGAGCCGGUGGCCAUGCUAUUAGAUCAUUUGAACAAAUGGUUCAUUCAGGUCUGCAACCAAAUUCUGUCAGCUUCCUUAGCAUUUUGUGUGCCUGCAGCCACUGUGGUCUAGUUGAAGAAGGAUUACAAUACUUCAACUCCAUGACUCAAGUGUAUAAAUUUGUACCCAAAAAAGAGCAUUACGCAUCAAUGGUUGAUAUGUUAUGUCGUAGUGGGCGAUUUGAUGAGGCUGAGAUAUUGAUGGCUCGGAUGCCGUUUGAACCAGAUGAGGUAAUGUGGACAUCGAUUCUCAACUCAUGCAAGAUCCAUAAGAAUCAAGAGAUGGCAAAGAGAGCAGCAGAUCAACUAUUCAAUAUGAAGAUCCUUAGAGAUGCUGCUCCAUAUGUUAGCCUUUCCAAUAUUUAUGCAGCAGCUGGUGAAUGGGAGAAUGUGGGAAAGGUGAAGAAGGCCAUGAGAGAGCGAGGGAUCAGAAAGGUCCCAGCAUACAGUUGGGUUGAAAUCAAACAGAAGACUCAUGUUUUCUCAGCCAAUGACAUGUCUCACCCACAGAUGAAAGAGAUAACAAGGAUGCUUGAUGAGUUGGAAGAGCAAAUGGAGAAACAAGGGUAUAAACCUGACUCAAGUUGUGCCCUGCACAAUGUGGAUGAGGAAAUCAAGGUAGAAUCCCUAAAGUAUCACAGUGAACGCAUUGCCAUUGCGUUUGCACUUAUUAGCACCCCAAAAGGGUCACCCAUAUUGGUGAUGAAGAACCUACGAGCUUGUAACGAUUGUCACGCUGCCAUCAAGGUAAUCUCCAAGAUUGUAAACCGGGAAAUCAUAGUCAGGGAUUCAAGUAGAUUCCAUCAUUUCAGAGAUGGAUCUUGCUGGUAAUUUGCCUUUGUUUCAUCAAUUUUACUAACAAAGAAAAGGCGUUAACCCUGACAAACAAUUCGUCUCUAUUAACAAAUGUACCCUUGUUUAUUAAUACCAGUUUUCUACACUACUGGUCAGGAGAAAACAUACUAUUCCUUCAUACUAUUCCUUCCUAGCAGGAAAAAGAAAUCCUUGAC